GCUGAGGUCACACCAGCCCCAUCUACAUUUCUGGGGACAAGAGCUUGGAGCUCAAGUUUUAGAGCUUCCAUAAGAUCUGCGAUGAAUCUCAGGAUUCUAACAUCGCAUCAAUUGCGACUGCGAUCGGCUCGAGGGGGUAGAUUACUCAUCAAACCACCUUGGGUAUGCCCGUCAUGCAAAAUUUCAAGCUCCUCACGGUGGGCAUUCGCUUCUACGCCGUCCGCACCGGCACCAUCAAGCUCUAAACCGGCAAUUGAAAAGCCCUACUAUGUCACCACUCCCAUUUUUUAUGUUAAUGCUGGUAGGUGGACUGGCGACGGCGUCUCAAUAAUUUUUGGGUCUAUUGUAUUACAUGUACAUGUGCUAAUCGUGGUGUAGCUCCUCAUGUUGGACAUCUCUAUUCCAUGGUCCUCGCGGACGUCUUCAAGCGAUGGCAGGUGUUGCGCGGCAAAAAGGCCUUCCUAUGUACAGGAACAGACGAGCAUGGGAUGAAGGUCCAGCAAGCAGCCGCUCAUGCCGAUAUGGCACCCAAGGAAUUCUGUGAUUUGACCUCGGUGACUUUCGAGAAUCUGGCAGAGAGGAUAGGUCUUGCGAACGACCAUUUUGUGCGGACAACGGAUCAAACACAUAAAGAUGCUGUGCAAUACGCUUGGUUCAUGUUGGAAAAAGCGGGUUAUAUAUAUCAAUCGAAGCAUGAGGGUUGGUAUUGUGUCAGUGAUGAGACUUACUAUCCCGAAUCUGCGAUCGAGAAGCGGUUGGAUCCAUACACUGGCAAAACCUUCAUGGCAUCGCAAGAGACAGGCAAGGAGGUAGAAUGGACCUCGGAGCCCAAUUACCACUUCAAACUGUCGGCUUUCAAAGAUCGACUGCUGAAAUUCUACAAAAGUAAUCCUCAAUUUGUGGUACCGGCGACCAGAAUGAAAGAUGUAGUCAACUGGGUAUCUGCUGGUCUGGAGGAUCUCUCCAUUUCCAGACCUGUUGAGAGACUUAGCUGGGGAAUUCCUGUACCCGGAGAUGAGACCCAGACAAUUUACGUAUGGCUAGAUGCUCUGAUAAACUAUGCCACGAAAGCCGGCUAUCCAUGGGCACCUGGCAAAGAGCAAGAACUUGGCUGGCCAGCAGACCUUCACGUAAUUGGCAAAGACAUCGUUCGAUUUCACUGUAUCUAUUGGCCCGCCUUUCUCUUCGCUUUGGGCCUCGAACCCCCCAAGCGGAUCCUCGCCCAUGCCCACUGGACGCUAGGAAACCAAAAAAUGGCCAAAUCAACGGGGAACGUAGUUAGUCCUGCGCUCGCUAUGGAUCGCUUUGGUGUCGACGCCAUACGUUACUAUCUUGUUCAUGAUGGAGGGAUUACCAACGAUUCUGAUUACGGAAACCACCACAUCGUUGAGCGAUACAAAAAAGGUCUUCAAGGAGGCCUUGGAAAUCUAGCUAGUCGAAUUACGCGGCCUAAAACCUGGAACGUACGAAAGUGCAUUGAGGCGAUUAGAGACCGGGGAUUGCUUAGCAGUACCGGAUAUCAAACAUCCCAAGCGAAAUAUCUUUCUGUCCUCGCGAAACUAGCAAGUGCAAAAAUGGGAGAACUCAACGCCGCCGCCGCGUUACAUCUAAUAAUGGACACAGUCUACGAGGUAGUCGAUCAUUCUUACUCUUUCCCCAUAAAACCUUUCCAGCUAACAGCAUCCACAGACCAACAAAUUCCUCCAAGACGCCUCACCCUGGAUCCUGGGCAGAACCCAGGACUUCGUAACUAGACCCGAUACUGGUGUUGUAUAUGACGCCAACCAGCAACGCAUCGAGGAGAUCGUGUACCACUGCGCCGAAGCCCUGCGUAUUACGGGCAUCCUGUUGCAGCCGUAUAUACCGGCCAAGGCGGAGUAUCUGCUUGAUAUGUUGGGUGUAGAGAAGGGCAAACGCUCUUUAAAGGAUGCGGUGUAUGGAAAGGAUUUUGAUUAUGGGACUUCUAUGCCUGGAAGGGGGCCGGGAAGGAAGCCUGAGGGGGCGUUGUUUCCACCGUUGUCUGUUUGGACGUAGGUAUGGGGGUUGAGACGAGAGGUCUGACUUGAUGACUGUGGGUUUUAUGGUGUGUACUAGAUGUACGAGCAAUGAGUGUGUAAAAUCUCUGUACAUACAUGUACAGUACUAUACCUAGAAACAAAAGAUACCCCUAUACAGAC